ACAUGUCACCGGGUAUCUCGGGUUACCUGCACCUGCGCACUCCCUCGCCGAGCUGUCCGGGCACCCCUCCCACAGUGGGCGGAGCGAAGGCCGACCUGCGCCGCCUGAUGGGCAGCCUGGACCUGACCUCUCCCGAGCGGCCGAUGGCGUCGACGCCCAACCGGCACGACAUCUCGCCCGCGCCGCGAACUAGUCCAUCGGAGAUGAUCGAGUGCCCAUUUGCCCUGCCGCCCGAUGUCGGCAGCGGAUUCCUCUUGGAACCCCCCGUGGCGGCUUCGUCGAGUCACGCGCCCCUGACGGAGCAGCGCAAGUUCAGGCUGACCCGCACGCGUUCGCUGCCCGACCUGCGCCAGGAGGCGGCCGCACCGGAGUUCCUGCGAAACCGCCUGAUACUGCAGACUGACGACACGGUGUACCUGCCAUUCAUCCUGCGCAAAGAGUACGUGAUCCGCACCAAGCUGCGCGUCUCAUUCAGCCUGCUCAAGCCGCCCGUGAUCAAGCGGUCGCACAGCGAGGGACACGUGACCGAGGUCACUUUCCUGCAGCAGGCCUACUGCGGCUACUGGGACGAGACAGACACCGAGAUGGAGGAAUCGGACUGGCGGGUAGACGAAGGGUGCAACUUCUUCGACCUGUGCUACUUCCGCUGCAAGUGCUGCAAAAAGCACGCUGGUCCAAUGGCGGCCGCACGAUGAAUGGACGCUGUGGUGGUCGGCAGCUGACAAUUACCCCACACCACGAGAUUUUUCUGCGGAAGUCAGCACUUGAUUUUUUUACCGCUCAAUAUCUUCACAGAAAAAAGCAAAAAAAAAAAAACAGCAAGUCGUUGUAAUUACUAUAUAUUUGCAAUACAGUUUCAAAGAGCCGAUUAAUUAUUUUUCUAACAGUGCAUUAUUCACACUAUCGCUCGAGUCGCAAAUGAAGGCUGUGAUUUUGGCUAGCGUGGUCUUUCAAUCUUUAUAUCUAAUAUGCUUGUAAUUCGUUCGUGUAAUACGAAGAAGCACCUCUAAAGGAACUUUCUGUUUCCCGGAGAUGCUUCUUGGUGAUUGACUCCUUCAUUUUAUUGGCUCUGAAAUAUACGUUAUUUCAUACCGAAAGAAGUGCAGACAGAACACAAUUUUACGCUUUCAUGGAAAUUAAUGAUUACCUUUUGCAAGCAGGGCGAAAGUUAGCGUUCGUUAUCCUAUGCUGCUUACUCCUUUAUGUAUGGUCUCUCCCGAUAUUGUUUGUUCGUUCUUGUUGAAAAUGUUUACUUGAGCUUUCUAGAUGUUGUGCACGUGAGAGGACGAAGGUAAAGUUCAUAUAGACAUUGCACACUUUAAGUAGUAAAUGUAUGUGUAACACAUCUAGAAAGCUCCAGUAAAUGCUUUCUACAAACAAGACUGACACUAUAGGUUUGCACUAGCUCUGAUGUUGCCUUUGCAUAAAAUAUUGCGCCAAAAUUAUACAGCAGUGGAAUAGAAGACACCUACAGUGUAUUUAACGUACUACAUUAAAGCCACA